GCACUCCUUCCAUUCCCCACCCUCCCUACGCAGACCAACUCGGCUCAAUGGCGUCUCCCCCCACCUCCCUCUCCCUCCACGAAGCUCCCUUCCUGCAACACAUCCGCCGCUUCCCUCCCCCACCUCCACCACCUCGGUGCCGUCCAACCUGCGCCAUCCAUUCUCUUCCGGAGACCCCGCAGAGACCCUCCGUCGAACCGGACGGCCUCGACAGGCGCCAAAUCCUCGAAAAGUUCCGCUACACCAGCCAGAUCGGCCACGGAUGGCUGGAGAUCCGCCAUAUGAAGGACGAGGAUCUGGACGCCGUGGCCCUGCUCCUCGCCGAGUCAUUUAACAGGGACAAGCAGUCGCCGGGCGGGAACAUCUCCAUGUUCGCCUUCGUGGUGAAGCAAUAUAUGAUCGAGCGGCGGAGUGUGAUUCCGCAUGCGGCGGUGCUCGUCGGGUUCUAUAAGGAGAAGGAUGGCGAAGAGGCGCAGCUGGCAUGCACUGCCGAAAUCUCUUUCGAUGCUCUCGGGGCGCAUCCUGCUGUCGGCACGCCUCGGCCCCCUAAGGAAUGUCCAUACAUUGGCAACGUCUCUGUGACGAAGACGCUUCGGAGGAAAGGGAUUGGUUUGAAACUUCUAAAGGCAUGUGAAAAACUGAUAAUUCAGAUGAAGGCUGAAAGAAAAGUAUACCUUCAUUGCAGAGUGGCUUCUAAAGGUCCAUUCAGAUUGUAUGAGAAAGCUGGUUAUAAGGUUGUCAAGAAAGACAGCAUCUUGACUUGGCUGUUUUUAAAACGGCGCAGGUACUUGAUGUUUAAAGAACUCCCACCGAUUGCAGAUGAUGAAAAUGAGUCUGAUGUCUCGGAUUGCAACUAACAUCCCAUCUGAUUAUUUACAUGUGGUGCCACAAAAUCAGUGGAUAACUUUGUAUGCUAAAGUUCUAUUUUUCGAUGAGGAUGCUGUAUACAUGUAUUGAAAGAAUAUAUUGUGACAAGUUCUCUUGAUGAAUGGUGGAAGCCGUGAAAUAGCCUUAUGGUUGUU